UUCUUGAAUAAAUAUUUAUAAUUAUGAACCUUAUCCAGUCGAAGGACUCUUUAAUGAGACUCGUGACUACAGCUCAUGGAAAGGAUAAAGGGUGCAGGUUCCUGCAGCAUCUAUUCUCUUUGCUGUAUGAAAUUUUUAGAGAGAAAGACACUGAUAAAUAAACUUGUCAAACUCAAGCGCUCGAUGUGCCUCACAAGAAAGAUCUUGAGAUUCGGUCUUCCAAUGUUCCUAAUUCAGCAGACAAAGUCGAGGUUUAUAGCUGCUUGCACAGACGAUGAUCCUAGGAAUGAUAUUCUUACUGAAUCUAGAAGGAAUGCUUCACAGUCAGCCUCUCCAACAAAGCCUCCCUCCAGAAAUGGAGGUCUUCAGGAAGAAGAGAAAACUCUUGAAGAUCAUGACAAAGAACAAAUCAGAAAGAAAGUUGAAAGGUUCAUAAAAGGAGGUGCUACAGGAGGAGCUGUUGGCAGUCAUAGAAGACUCGUUCUCACUAGAUCACUUGCUGAUUUCUGCCUUAUUUUAUUCAGUAUUUUUGAUUUUCCUCUUCUAAGGCCAAUAUAUGGAAUCAGAACAAUGAAAUACUUCUUCUGGUUCUGCCAGUGUGUCAUUGUGAUAAUAUAUCAACUAAUUGAACUUUAUUAUGUAAUGAGAGAUAUCAAGUUCCUUAAAGAGUAUCUGUUCAACCAUGAAUGUGACAAUGACGUCAAAACUAGAAUUAUAGACAGAUUGAAGCAUCUCAAGAGAGAUUACAUACUUAGGAUCUGUAGCCUUGUCCGUCACUCCAUUGAUGUCCCAAUGGUCCUCAGAUUUAUGGGGUUCUACUUCAUCCCAAACUGGUUGGCAAGCUUGCUUGGAACGAUAAGUUCUGCCAUCUCAGUAUACACACUGGUGAAAAUAGAAUAAAUCAAUUAAAUCUUUCAACUUGUUCC